AUGGCUGACAUCAAAAUUAUCUGGGGUGGAGCCUCAAUCAUGGAUGAGGUCGCCUAUCCGACUCUCGAAUCCAUCAACGAAGUCCUCGAUAUUCUGGAGGCCAAAGGCAUCAAACACAUCGAUACUGCCAAGCUAUACAACAACUCCGAGGAGCUAUUGGGAAAAAUCCACGCCGAUUCCCGCUUUACUAUUGAUUCAAAAUACCCCGGCGGGUUUUCAUCUGAGCCUUCGACCCCGGACUCUUUUCUUGCAGACUUGAAUCGGAGUUUGGCCCUUCUUCAAACCGACCAGCUCGAUGUCUACUACAUGCAUGCCCCUGAACGCAGAAGCUCAGUGGAAGACCUGCUGGCUGCCAUCAACUCUGCUCAUCAGGCUGGAAAAUUCAAGCGCUUUGGUCUGUCCAACUAUCUGGCCGAGGAGGUCGAAGAGGUAGUUCGCAUCUGCCAAGAAAAUAAUUACAUCUUGCCAAGUGUCUACCAGGGCAACUAUUCUGCCGUUGCACGCCGAGGAGAGAAAGAGAUCCUUCCCACGCUGCGGAAGUAUAACAUCGCCUUCUAUGCCUAUUCGCCCAUCGCAGGAGGAUUCCUGACAAAGGAUGUUGCGACAUUGGUCUCCGGCGGCGCGGGUCGGUGGGAUCCCAAGACACCACUGGGUGGAGUCUACAAUGCGCUUUUCAAUAAGCCGCACAUGCUGGCGGGCUUGGAACAAUGGGAGAAGAUCUCCAAGGAGUCUGGUAUCUCUAAGGCUGAGCUGGCAUAUCGGUGGGCGAUGCAUAAUUCUGCCCUCAAAGAAGAAUUCGGCGACGCUAUAAUUGUCGGUUCGCGUAAUGUUGAGCAGCUCAAUCAGACGCUAGCUGCAUUGAGCAAGGGUCCUCUCAGCGCGGAAAUCGCAGCACAGGUCGAUAAGGUGUGGGAUAUUGUCGAGGCUGAUUCGCCUUUGGACACCUUCAACGGUUUCUCUAAGUAUGACAAGGUCGUCUGA